CGGGCCGCUGGGACGGCAACAAACGGAAUCAGAAGCGGUGCGAACGUCGACGGGAGAGGUUGUAGUGCGCGCAGUGCACUGUGGCGAGUGACAUGGCUAUCCCUUUCAACUUGCCCGUGGACGAACCAGAGGAGCGAAGAUUGGAUCAGCUGUUGCUGGACUUGUACCAUGUGCUGAGGCAGAUAUUGUUGAGGAAUACAGACGAAGGUCGAGAGGGGGAGACGGCGCCGAGCAGGUCUCGACAUGAUGAUGACGUCACUCCUAGACGCCACCGUCUAGACUCCAACCUGCCCGAGUCGAGCACCCUCGACUGCCAAUGUCUCUGUCAGAGCUCCAGGAGACGACAGCGGCGUAGGCGACGAUGCUGUCCGAACCAAGAACAAAGUCACCAGAGCCAGAACUCCACGACGUCUCUCGCUCAAGCUCAAGUGUCGACGAGGUUGGCGUCGUCCAGGCGGGAAGACUGGCUGAUGGUGGGGGAGCAACUGAGAAGGAUCGCGGAGGAGUUCAAGACGGCGUCUUUGAGGAAAGAAGAGUAUCCCAAGCAGGAGAGGCAGGAUCUACAGCUGGAAGUGAAGACUUCAGGGUUGUUCUCGCUCCUGGUUCCUUCCCACUUCCGUCACUCCCUGCUGACCACGGUGAUCCUACUGGUCGGAUGGAGGAUGCUGGUGCGGGCGCGAUAACUCCUCAACCAACCAACCAAGCUCCAAGUUCCAAACAGUAGUUCACUAGAACACUUAGUCGUUGAGACAAUCUCGUCUGUCCUAGUAUGUAAUAAUUGUUCCAAAGAUGGCCAAACCAUUAAAUCAAACUCUGAUCUCACAGACUAGGGGUAGUAAUGUAAAGUUUUGUUCAUAUGUAUAGUUGUAAUUAGUUUCUUUCUUUCUUUAUUUUUGUUUUGUAGAGGCCCAAGGGUUACUCUGAUAGUUUUCACAUGAUCUCUGGAAGUAGAGUGGACACGGCCUAAAGGCUGAUAGUCCACUGGGCUGUACAUAGCAUUGAGUGUUUACAUCGAGAUGGUUAUGUAAUUGUAAUUAUAUAAAUAUUGUUAGCUUAAAAAGCUGCCCAAUGUGGAUUCUUGUCUUUCAAAAGGUUCAGUUCGAACCUGUAGUUUAAUCUAGGUUAGUUUACGCUAAGAUGCAAUAUGAAAGUUGAUAAUUUUGUAAGAAUAUUUUAUCGUGUUCAUAUAUCAUCGUUUGCGAUGUGUUUCGAUAGUUUUGUAUUCCAUUGUCCAAUUGUAGUUUCAAAAGCACCAGUGUACGUGUCUUACAGUUCAAUUCCCGUCGUCUUUCAAUAUACACGUUGUUGCCAUUUUUAAAUGUUACAAUUUAUAAAGACAUGACAUAUUUUAGCGAUUUUUAUAUACAAAAAAUGAUUUUUUGGUGUUGAUUUCUAACAGAUUUUGUUACGAUUAUUUUUGUAAAGGGUCCAAGGCAAGCGUACUGGUUAUGACCAUUGAUUGUAUAUGUAUAGCAGUGUAUAUAGCGCUUGUUGUGUAUAUUGAGCUGUAUUGUGGUUCGGUCGUCCCGCCAAUGGGACGACUCCGUCAAAGCGUUACUGUGAUGUUAUCUGGUGACAUAAGUAUGAUCUCAACCUACCCCUAGUCAGUAGUGUUCGUAGACUAGAGGAUAGGAUUUUAAGCGUGUUCAUGUAUUUUUAUAUCGUUUGCACAAUCAUAUUUGAAGGCCUAUAAGAAUUGUGAUGAGAAUUCGGCUCAGAAAAUUUGAAUUUUGUACAUUUAUUUUGUAAUUUAUUUGCUACACAAUAUAUGUAAUCAUUUUGAGGUUAUGUUUUGUUCUGGAAGAUUUUUGAUUGUACAAAAUGGUGGCCUUGGUUUUGUGAAACAUAACCUCAACAUUUUGAUCAUUUGACAGUUGUCGCUUGUUUUUCUACUAUAGAUAUCAUCAGUUAAGCCCCAAGUGCUUGCUAUCUUUGCUACCACAGGUCUUUCAAUUUUGUACAGUUUUUCACUUUUGUAUGUAGUAAAAGUUAUUAUUAUUACAACGAUUAUGAAUGAUGACAUUUUGCAUUAUUUCAAUAUGUGUAAAAAUAAAUGCUGAUUUAUUUCAUAA